GAGAACCACUGUAGGCGUAUAAAGAUCCUGGGGGACUGUUACUACUGUGUGUCAGGUCUGACCCAACCCAAGGCAGACCAUGCACACUGCUGUGUAGAGAUGGGCCUGGACAUGAUCGACACUAUCACGUGAGUCUGCACUGACCACACACACACACACACACACGCACACACAUAAGCGCACACUCAGAGAGACUGUGUGUCACGGUGUUGAUCCCAUCCUCCAGAACGAGAAGCAGAGCAUUUCUGCUGUUGUGUUGUUUUCCUCUCUUUCUGUUGAGUGGAUGGAUGUCACUGCUGGAGCUCAUUAUCACCCAGGACAGGUGCUGCCAUACACACUCCUCUCUCCUCCCUCGCUCAUACACACUCCUCUCUCCUCCCUCGCUCAUACACACUCCUCUCUCCUCCCUCGCUCAUACACACUCCUCUCUCCUCCCUCGCUCAUACACACUCCUCUCUCCUCCCUCGCUCAUACACACUCCUCUCUCCUCCCUCGCUCAUACACACUCCUCUCUCCUCCCUCGCUCAUACACACUCCUCUCUCCUCCCUUCCCCUCGCUCAUACACCUCCUCCUCCUCCCGCUCAUACACACUCCUCUCCCCCUUCUCUUUCCUUUCUCUCUCUAUUCCAUAUGGUCCUCUCUUUCUCUCUCUCCUUGAAUUAUCCCCUCUCUCCCUCUAGAUUCCCCCUCUCUCCCUCUAGAUUCCCCCUCUCUCCCUCUAGAUUCCCCCUCUCUCCCUCUAGAUUCCCCCUCUCUCCCUCUAGAUAUACUGAUGUGGAGGAAAGAAGAGACUGUGGUGGAAAUAGUCCCACUUGAUUUACAUUUACAUUUUAGUAAUUUAGCAGACGCUCUUAUCCAGAGCGACUUACAGUUAGUGAGUGCAUACGUUGUUUUAUUUUUUAUAUCUCCUCAAAGCCAUACCACUAAGACAGGGACUGCACACAUGCACACACAGACACACACACACACUCACACACACACACACACACACACACACACACACACACACACACACACACACACACACACACACACACACACACACACACACACACACACACACACACACACACACACACACACACACACAUGGGGUUAUAGAUAAUUGUUUAUUAUUUAAACAAAGCCAUGGAAUCAAUAAUCCCCCUUCCUUCUCUCAGAAGCAGACAGGUAUCAGCUCUACACUCUUAGAAUUAGUGGUGACUCGAGGAACCCUGGAGAUUCUCAAGGAACCAUUGCCAUUGGUCAAUUGUUCAUAUUUGCACCUUUGGUUAGUUGAGGGGUUAUUGGAGGAACCUCUAACGUUUCAAUGUAGCAAAGGAUUUCUGGAGGAACCUCAGACUAGAGACGUGGCUUAUUAGGGGCAUGGCUUAAAGAUACAUAUUUUUUGGCAAUCCGUUAGAGUAAAUGGCAUUGGUGUUCAUCUGUUCUGUUUUUUAUUGUUGUUUAUUUAACCUUUAUUUAACCAGGCUAGUCAAUAAGAACAAAUAAUAAUUUGCAAUGAAGGCUUGGUUAGAGGCAAAAGGCUUCCGGCUGGGGCUGGGAUGAAAAACCCACAAAACAAUGUAAGACAAAAUGGACAACACAGACAGAAGACACUGACAACAGCACAAAUCCAACAGCAAACAAACAGUGGAUGUGUGUGGUGUGUGUGAAGUAAAACAACAUGCUUCCUUACAUGUUGUCCUCUGUAGCUCAGCUGGUAGAGCACGGCGCUUGUAACGCCAGGGUAGUGGGUUCGAUCCCCGGGACCACCCAUACACAAAAAAAAAAAAAUGUAUGCACGCAUGACUGUAAGUCGCUUUGGAUAAAAGCGUCUGCUAAAUGGCAUAUAAUAAGGCAAUGCAAGCUAGUGGCUAGAAACAACCUGUUCAUCUAUUUGUCCUUUGAACUCCUUUUUUCAGGUUGGCUUGGAGGGAAUUCCAAGACUAGGGGGCUGAAAUAACCUUUUUCCAUGCUCGGUUCUAAUUUUCGGGACCCUUUGCAUAAAACAAGAUUGAGACUGUUGUAUUGUCAUCACAUGUUAAGGUUGAACACUGACAGUUUUCCUCAAGAGUCUAUGCAAAUCCAAAAGUUGGAAUAGUUACCACUUUAUUAAUUAAUGUAAUUAGCAAUGUUAAUAUUAUUAUUAUAUUAGAAUUUGUAGUGAUGGGACAAUUUAUACCGGAGCGCCGAUGCUCCGAUGCAGUUUUCAAAGCACUACUGAUUCGACCAUAGACAUUAAAACCAGUUGAUAGUGAUAGCGCUGACGUCAUCCACGUAUUCCAAUAGAAAGCUCCUUAUGGCUCAUGAAGCCGGAAGUAUUUGGAUUUGAAGCGCCAAGGAUCAUGGUGAAAGUAGCCGUAAUUAGCAAAUGAUCAUGGUCAAUGUAAUCGUUUUCAUCCUGCCUGAGAGAGUCAACCAGGAGCCUCCUCGUAGCCUGCCGGCCCGUGAUUGGUCUGUGUCAGCAUGUGGUCCUGUGUGAUGACAAAUGUAGUAGUCAGAAUGGAUCACUAUUUAAUUAAAUAUCUCGAUUUGUAGUGAACUUUAAAAUAAUUCAACUUUAUCAUAAUAAACACAUUUUAGAGCCUAAAACGACAGUCUAAAAAUCAGUACUUUAUAUAGGCUUUCUAUGGCAGAUCAGGGCUUUUGGCACCGCUAUGUUGCUACGCAGUAGCCGACCAGCAGAGCUUGUGACUUCACACUCCAGACCGGACACUGGGGGCCUGGAUUCGACACAACGUAACGAUGCUUGUAUCGAAGAAACAAUACUACGUGAUGAUGACGUUAAAAGCUUCGAACGUCACACUACAAAUCUGUCAAAUGUCGGAACUUGGAAGUAAGAGCGACGACCCCUGCUGGAAGCGUUUUGUUUUUAUCUAGAUAUUUCACCUUCUUAGCAGGUGGAAAGAUAGCUCAGGGAAUAGAGCCACACGGCAGAGUUAUCUAUUCUGAAAUCUUUAGCAGAGUUUUUUAUUUCUCAAACAGUGAUUGUAAAUGAAACAGCUUUAGUAGUUGUAAUAGAUAAUUUUCAAAUUAUGGAUCCACAUUUUUUUGUUAAUAUGUAAAAGUGAGUUAAAAAAAGUUUAAUUCGGGGCCUCCCGAGUGGCGCAGCGGUCUAAGGCACUACAGUGCUUGAGGUGUCACUACAGAUCCGGGUUCGAUCCUGGGCUGUGUUGCAGCCGGCCGUGACCGGGAGACCCAUGAGGCGAUGCACAUUUGGGUUAGGGGAGAGUUUGGCCAGCUGGGAUGUCCUUGACCCAUCGCGCUGUAGCGACUCCUGUGGCGGGCCGGAUGCAUGCACGCUGACACGGUCGGCAGUUGUACAGUGUUUCCUCCGACAAAUUGGUGAGGCUGGCUUCUGGGUUAAGCAAGCAGUGCGGCUUGGAAGGGUCGUGUUUCGGAGGACGCAUGGCUCUCUGCAGCGAUGGGACAAGACUGUAACUACCAAUUGGAUAUCACGAAAAAGGGCUAAAAAAAAAAAAUUUUUUUGAAACUAGGUUUCUUUUUUUACUAGGUUGCUCCUUUCAAAGCAUAGACAGAUAGCUUCAAAGUAACAUUACCAUGCGAUCAAUGACUUCCGAAGCUUCAUUCGAUCACAUGCUUUUUCUAACUGUGUGGUGCAAAAUGGAAGAUCCCGCUGAUUUCGCCCCAGCACAGGUGCUUUCUUCAAUGCAAAGUUGCUUUCUUCGAUGCAAAGCUGCUUUCAAACACCGACCUCUACUGGACAACUUAUUUACCAAUUUAUUUAGAUUUGUUUCAGUUUAUAGUACCUGAAUAGUAGUUCAGCAGGUAGGGAUGGGGAUUUGGGAUCAGACACCAGCAUAGGCACAAGAUCAGAUACUGGCUAUGGUUGAAAAUGUAUUUUCUGUGAAACCACACUAUCUUCCCAUUGUUGUUCAAAUACUUUGUUUUAUUUAGUGUAGCCUAUGAUACUCUUUUGUCUUCAGCAUCCUAAAUAAUAUCACGGAUGCACAGUUUUAUUAAAAAUUGUGAACCUGGAGGCAAAAAGGGUAAGUAGAAUAUAUAUGUUUUGCGAACCCCACAUUCUAACUAAAAUUUGUUUAUCUGUCCAUUGCGCCACAAAGUUUUGAUGGAUGGGAAAACAAGUCUAUAUAAACGUCAAACAUGCAGAUAUUUUUUCCUGACCAGCAGAUGCCACUAAUGUGCACUCUGUUAAUCGCUCCAAAUAAUUCACCAUUUUUCGGCACAACUUGGCGAAAGCCCCAAAGGGUUCAGAAAGCCUUGGUUUCCCAUCACUAUGUAAUAUGUAAUAUGCAUAAAUAUUAAAGGAUUUUUUUUUUUUUUGCGUUGUACAAACUUAGCAUGAUGAACAGGAAUGACAUUUACCAAAAAGUGUGUCCAAAAAGAACUAUCUGAAAGCCACGCCUCCAAAUAAGCCACACCGCCAAUCUUCUGAUAGACUGCUACCUCUACAAUAUAUUAUUAAAAACGUUCAACAUUUAACCCCUCCCAUCACAAUAAGGUUCUGGUUUAAGCUUUUACACAGGGGUGACUUGAAGACCCUUUUCAGAAGGGUUCCUCGAAUACCCUUUUCAGAGGGGUUCCUCGAGGAACCUUUUGAACUGUAAAGGUUCCACUGGUUAUGCAAUUUUUAGAACCCCUGAAAAGGGGUUAUUCCAGUCACCUUUACUUCUAAGAGUGCAUACUCAGGGCCGUACCCAUUGUUAAAGUAAAGGGCAAAAAGCAAACCGCUUGUUAGUUUAAGAUAUUGAAGUGAAAAAAAUGGAUUCUGAUUAUAUAAAGCGAUCUACAACAUUGCUUUAGACUAGAAGCAGGCUGUAAAUUUCACGAGGAAGAUGUGCUUCUAUCUCUUCCUAGGUCUGUGGUGGAGGCAACGGAGGUGGAUCUGAACAUGCGUGUGGGUCUGCACACGGGCCGGGUACUCUGUGGGGUUCUGGGACUCCGGAAGUGGCAGUAUGAUGUCUGGUCCAAUGAUGUCACUCUGGCCAACGUGAUGGAGGCAGGAGGACUGCCUGGGUACGUAUGACUACUGGAAACCAUGUCUGUCCUAAAUGGUGCCCUAUUCCCUACAUACAGUAGUGCACUACUUUUGACCAGAGCCCAUAGGGAGCCCAUGAAGAGCCCAUAUAUAGGGAGUAAGGUGUCAUUUGAGAAACACCACAUAUUGAUGACAUGGACAGUUUUGUCAAGCUCUUUUGUGAGAGAAUUGUCUCGCUAUUGAAAGAAAGCCUUGUAUCUCCAAAACUGAAACUUCAAAAGCUAUUUUACUAUUUACGAACAUACAAUCACAAAACUACAGAAGCUAUUUUUAAUACAUUUCAUUGGUCCUAGAGCUGUGAAAUGUUGAGUGUACAAAAAGGGGAGUGCUUUCAAUUCGAUACAAUUCAAGUAAACAAUAACCAACUAAUGAGAAGAGAUAGCAGGGUAGGGAUCCAUUUUAUUCCAAUCCCAGUGAGCUCAGUAGAUGAACUGAAAUGUAACUAAUGAUUUAGAAACCUGGAAGAGAUGAAAAACAGUUUCUGAUUCUCCUUUAAUUAAUUACAUAUCCAUAAUUACUCCCUUUCUCUCUCUCUCUCUCUCCACUUUCCCUGUAUACCCCUUCCUUUUCCCUCUCUCCUCUCACUCUCCUCUCUCAGUAAGGUCCACAUAACCAGGACUACUCUAGAGUGUUUGAAUGGAGACUAUGAGGUGGAGCCUGGCUUUGGUCAUGAUAGACACGCCUUCCUACAGAAACACAACAUCGAGACCUUCUUCAUAAUACCCUCCCAUAGGCGCAAG